AUGGCCAUCAUAUUCAGUGAGGAGGACCUGAAGGAUGUUAAGCCCCCGUGUGUGAUCCAGAACUUCAUUAACCACGAUGCUGUACUCUACAAGGUGUAUGUGGUGGGAGAAGCCUACUACGUGGUGGAGAGGCCUUCUAUCAGAAACUUCCCUUUUGGACCUGCAGGUCAGAUAUACCCAAUUCCCAGCUUCAAAAUGUACCCAUUCCCAACACCUUAUAACACAUAGCCCCUGCCUCCUAUAUACUAAAAUGGUAUUGACGUAAGUAAACAAUAUGGGCACACGAACAUUUCACCCUAUUCCCAUGUUUCUUAUACCUAUUCAAUCUUUUCAAAUCUUCAUGAAGUACCUAGGAGUGGGGGCUAUAUACAGUGAGGGGAAAAAAGUAUUUGAUCCCCUGCUGAUUUUGUACGUUUGCCCACUGACAAAGACAUGAUCAGUCUAUAAUUUUAAUGGUAGGUUUAUUUGAACAGUGAGAGACAGAAUAACAACAAAACAUCCAGAAAAACACAUGUCAAAAAUGUUAUAAAUUGAUUUGCAUUUUAAUGAGGGAAAGAAGUAUUUGACCCCUCUGCAAAACAUGACUUAGUACUUGGUGGCAAAACCCUUGUUGGCAAUCAGAGGUUAGACGUUUCUUGUAGUUGGCCACCAGGUUUGCACACAUCUCAGGAGGGAUUUUGUUCCACUCCUCUUUGCAGAUCUUCUCCAAGUCAUUAAGGUUUCGAGGCUGACGUUUGGCAACUCGAACCUUCAGCUCCCUCCACAGAUUUUCUAUGGGAUUAAGGUCUGGAGACUGGCUAGGCCACUCCAGGACCUUAAUGUGCUUCUUCUUGAGCCACUCCUUUGUUGCCUUGGCCGUGUGUUUUGGGUCAUUGUCAUGCUGGAAUACCCAUCCACGACCCAUUGUCAAUGCCCUGGCUGAGGGAAGGAGGUUCUCACCCAAGAUUUGACGGUACAUGGCCCCGUCCAUCGUCCCUUUGAUGCAGUGAAGUUGUCCUGUCCCCUUAGCAGAGAAACACCCCCAAAGCAUAAUGUUUCCACUUCCAUGUUUGACGGUGAGGAUGGUGUUCUUGGGGUCAUAGGCAGCAUUCCUCCUCCUCCAAACACGGCGAGUUGAGUUGAUGCCAAAGAGCUCGAUUUUGGUCUCAUCUGACCACAACACUUUCACCCAGUUCUUCUCUGAAUCAUUCAGAUGUUCAUUGGCAAACUUCAGACGGCCCUGUAUAUGUGCUUUCUUGAGCAGCGGGACCUUGCGGGCGCUGCAGGAUUUCAGUCUUUCACGGCGUAGUGUGUUACCAAUUGUUUUCUUGGUGACUAUGGUCCCAGCUGCCUUGAGAUCAUUGACAAGAUCCUCCCGUGUAGUUCUGGGCUGAUUCCUCACCGUUCUCAUGAUCAUUGCAACUCCACGAGGUGAGAUCUUGCAUGGAGCCCCAGGCCGAGGGAGAUUGACAGGUCAUUUGUGUUUCUUCCAUUUGCGAAUAAUCGCACCAACUGUUGUCACCUUCUCACCAAGCUGCUUGGCGAUGGUCUUGUAGCCCAUUCCAGCCUUGUGUAGGUCUACAAUCUUGUCCCUGACAUCCUUGGAGAGCACUUUGGUCUUGGCCAUGGUGGAGAGUUUGGAAUCUGAUUGAUUGAUUGCUUCUGUGGACAUGUCUUUUAUACAGGUAACAAGCUGAGUUUAGGAGCACUCCCUUUAAGAGUGUGCUCCUAAUCUCCGCUCGUUACCUGUAUAAAAGACACCUGGGAGCCAGAAAUCUUUCUGAUUGAGAGCGGGUCAAAUACUUAUUACCCUCAUUUUAAAAUGCAAAUCAAUUUAUAACAUUUUUGACAUGCGUUUUUCUGGAUUAUUUUGUUGUUAUUCUGUCUCUCACUGUUCAAAUAAACCUACCAUUAAAAUUAUAGACUGAUCAUUGUCAGUGGGCAAACGUACAAAAUCAGCAGGGGAUCAAAUACUUUUUUCCCCUCACUGUAUAUUUUUUGUAUUAGGCGAUGGUGUUGGGCAGUACCCAGAUUUUAAUACCGUCAUACCAUCUCUGUACCAUACCGGGGUAUACGGUAUUACCAAAUGUGCACACAAGGGGCGCUAUUUCAACAACAAAAAACCUGCACAAAACAAUUUAGGCAACAGGGAUCUUGAUCCAGAAGGGGAUUGAAUGUCUCUGCUGAUCUCUGCUGGAUAUAAUUUAUUUGACACAUCUUAGAUUUGGGCUCCUGAGUGGCGCAGCAGUCUAAGGCACUGCAUCUCAGUGCUAGAUGCGUCACCACAGACCUUGGUUCGAUUCCAGGCUGUGAUUGGGAGUCCCAUAGGGCGGCGCACAAUUGGCCCAGGGUCGUCCAGGGUAGGCUGUCAUUGUUAAUAAGAAUUUGUUCUUAACUGACUUGCCUAGUUAAAGGUUAAAUAGAAGAAAAAAAAAUUAGGCGAUACUGAGUCUACUCAUGCCACCUUACCUGAAACUCAUAGCAGAUCCAUUUAGCCCAACCCUGCCCUAUUCUAACCCAAAUCGAGCUUGUCCCAUUUCAAAUGUCGGCGUAUAGAGUAGGUUUGAAUUGUGUGUUUUGAUUAGAAAAGUGUUAAAAGCACAGAUGGUGUCCGACUUGAAAUCCCCUCACCAGCUUAUCUAAAUUUGCAUCUGAAAUAGCACCCUAUUCUCAUGCACUACUUUUAACCAGAGUCAGUGCACUAUAUUGGGAGUAGGUGCCACUUCAGAAUUGUCCCAUUUCUUAGAGACCACUGUAAACUGGCACAUUACCUUAUGAAGACACUUGAUUUACCGCCGUUUAUAAACACGUCUUCUGUUUAACCAUGGCAGGGGGCCACAUGCCAAAUUAAAUGACCGUUAAUGGGAUUUCCGAGUUGCUCUGUUUGACGUAAAGCACCGCUGAUACAUUCCCAAACAAUUCCCUUCUUUGUGUCAAUGUUUGUGCUCGUCCCAUGUUUGUGUAUAGGUUCCAUUUCCCUGGUUCACUGAGCAAGGUAUUCAUUAGCGUGUGAGUCACUCACAGCAGUACAGUCAUCAGAGUGGAUCAAUCUUUUUUAAUCUGAGAGUCUGCAUGGACAUUUCUGCCCCCUUCUGUGCUAAUGCUAAACUGCCACACAAAAAACUUCCUUCUGCUUAAAGGGAUAGUUCAUUUCCCUCUUUUUCUUUUUUUCUUUUUUUGUUGCAGUUUACAAUAUUUGAACUAUUAAAGGGCUAGCACACCUGAUUCAACUUGUCAACUAAUUAUCAGAACCUUGAUUAGGUAAAUCAGUUACCUGAACUAGUUCAGGGCUAUAACAAAAUUGUGAAAUGUCUGCGGGUCCCCAAGGAGAGAUUUGAAAACCGCUUCCCUAUGGAAGUUGGAAAUGAACUGAAACUUUAAAAAGUGAACUAUCACUUGGUGGACCACCAGGACAUGUACAUUUUAUUACACACCCCUGAUUGUAUUCAUUCAGUUAGUGAGGGAAAAAAGUAUUUGAUCCCCUGCUGAUUUUUUACGUUUGCCCACUGACAAAGACAUGAUCAGUCUAUAAUUUUAAUGGUAGGUUUAUUUGAACAGUGAGAGACAGAAUAACAACAACAAAAUCCAGAAAAACGCAUGUCAAAAAUGUUAUAAAUUGACAAGGGAAAUAAGUAUUUGACCCCUUUUCAAAACAUGACUUAGUACUUGGUGGCAAAACCCUUGUUGGCAAUCACAGAUGUCAGACGUUUCUUGUAGUUGGCCACCAGGUUUGCACACAUCUCAGGAGGGAUUUUGUCCCACUCCUAUUUGCAGAUCUUCUCCAAGUCAUUAAGGUUUCGAGGCUGACGUUUGGCAACUCGAACCUUCAGCUCCCUCCACAGAUUUUCUAUGGGAUUAAGGUCUGGAGAUUGGCUAGGCCACUCCAGGACCAACAUUUGCUUCUUCUUUGAGCCACUCCUUUGUUGCCUUGGCUGUGUGUUUUGGGUCAUUGUCAUGCUGGAAUACCCAUCCACGACCCAUUUUCAAUGCCCUGGCUGAGGGAAGGAGGUUCUCACCCAAGAUUUGACGGUACAUGGCCCCGUCCAUCGUCCCUUUAAUGCGGUGAAGUUGUCCUGUCCCCUUAGCAGAAAAACACCCCCAAAGCAUAAUGUUUCCACCUCCAUGUUUGACGGUGGGGAUGGUGUUUUUGGGGUCAUAGACAGCAUUCCUCCUCCUCCAAACACGGCGAGUUGAGUUGAUGCCAAAGAGCUCGAUUUUGGUCUCAUCUGACCACAACACUUUCACCCAGUUCCCCUCUGAAUCAUUCAGAUGUUCAUUGGCAAACUUCAGACGGGCAUGUAUAUGUGCUUUCUUGAGCAGGGGGACCAUGCGGUGCUGCAGGAUUUCAGUCCUUCACGGCGUAGUGUGUUACCAAUUGUUUUCUUGGUGACUAUGGUCCCAGCUGCCUUGAGAUCAUUGACAAGAUCCUCCCGUGUAGUUCUGGGCUGAUUCCUCACUGUUCUCAUGAUCAUUGCAACUCCACGAGGUGAGAUCUUGCAUGGAGCCCCAGGCUGAGGGAGAUUGACAGUUAUUUUGUGUUUCUUCCAUUUGCGAAUAAUCGCACCAACUGUUGUCACCUUCUCACCAAGCUGCUUGGUGAUGGCCUUGUAGCCCAUUCCAGCCUUGUGUAGGUCUACAAUCUUGUCCCUGACAUCAUUGGGGAGCACUUUGGUCUUGGCCAUGGUGGAGAGUUUGGAAUCUGAUUGAUUGAUUGCUUCUGUGGACAUGUCUUUUAUACAGGUAACAAACUGAGAUUAGGAGCACUCCCUUUAAGAGUGUGCUCCUAAUCUCAGCUCGUUACCUGUAUAAAAGACACCUGGGAGCCAGAAAUCUUUCUGAUUGAGAGGGGGUCAAAUACUUAUUUCCCUCAUUAAAAUGCAAAUCAAUGUAUACAAUUUUUGACAUGCGUUUUUCUGGAUUUUUGUUGUUGUUAUUCUGUCUCACUGUUCAAAUGAACCUACCAUUAAAAUUAUAGACUGAUACUUUCUUUGUCAGUGGGCAAACGUACAAAAUCAGCAGGGGAUCAAAUACUUUUUUCCCUCACUGUAUAUAAUCAAUAGCCCUUGAGUAGUUGAAUCAGGUGUGUUAGUCGAGGAGUGGGCCUUUAAGCCUUAAAGACCGACAGGACAUAUUUUUUAUUGAGAGAGCUAGUCAUUUUAGUAGAGACACAUCAGAAAUGAGCAUAAGGUAAAAUGUGUACUUUUAGCGAUGUCCACAUUGGGAAACUGGAAUAUAGCUACAUUUAACAUUUCCACCUGCAACUAGCUCCAACUGUCAAUUGCAUACCAGUAGUAGCAAAGGAAUAUAAAUCCACAGGAGUAAAACAUACUUUUUAGAAGUCAGUGUGACAGGACUAAUUAGCAUUUUUACUGCAAAUUAGCAAUUUGGCAACUAGACAUCUAGUUGUGUGUACAACUUACUGAAUUACAAUUGGUUCUCAUUCACGAGGAUGACAAUAUCAAAAACAUUAGCAAUACAAAACUUCUUCACGUCCUUGCAACUGAUAUUUUGGGGAUUAUGAUCAGGUAAAAAGCAGAACUAAGCCAUUUUAGGUUUCUUAGCAGUGUCCUUAAAAGAGAACUGAAGAAAUCGAAUGUGUGGCUAAAAUGUUACAUGUAGCAAAUUUAAUUUAAUGUGGUUGCUCUCUGACUUCAUUAGUGUCUGUUCUUUACAAACCUAGUCAACUGCCUGGUUUCUGUUUUCCAGAGAGAAAACCCAUUUUUUUCCACAGUCACGAUGUGUCCAAGCCAGAGUGUGCUUCCGACCUGAAUUCUGUAAGUGAAACCUCAGACCAAAGCAUAUUCUGAAAAUGUGCACAGCCAUUUUGAUUGACAAAAUAUGGGCAAUAUCUUUUUUUAAAUAAUUUUUUGUUCUUGCUUUGUCAGGGCCUUGCUAUAUAGUAAUUGGUACAACGGCAUUCACAGAACUGACCUUAUGUCUGUCGAUCUGUCUCUCUUCCUCUACUGUAGCCUUGCAAUUUGUGUUGGUACUAACAGCAUAACCAGAAUUGAUCUUGUCAACUUUCCCUCUUUACUAUGUGUCUGUCUGUCCGUCCAUUUGUCUGUGUGGUGUGUAGAGGGACAAUGUGGAGGGGGUGUCCAGGGUGCCUAUUGAUGAUGUCAUCAGGGAGAUCUCCAGGUGUCUGCGGCGAGCACUGGAUGUGUCCCUGUUUGGCAUUGACAUCAUCAUCAGCAACCAGACAGGGCAGCAUGCAGUCAUUGACAUCAACGCAUUUCCAGGUAUGUGCAAUGCUCAUGUUUCCACAGGGUGCGGUGGUGUCAUUCAAUGGACCUAAUUCAAGCUGCAGCUAUGGUGUUCAAAAAUCAGAUGGAGUAGGAAGUGGUUGUGGUCCAUUUGAGUAAAGUUCUAUCAUUAAAUGGAGAGAAUUAAUAAACUGAAAAGUUAUACUCACAUAUGCCAAACCUAACCAACAUUGUUAAGAAUAAAACAAUAUUUGUUUUAUUAAUGUGACAGCAGCCACACUUUUUAAAUAAUGUACAACUUAUUUCUGACUUAUUAUACAUGUAGUUAUUCUUUGGAACGCUACUCCUCUUACACAGUUUAAGCUAGAAACGCCAUUUAAACUUUAAAACGUGUAAACUGGUCAGGACCAGUGUGUUUGCAUACAACUUUUUGGUAAUAUUUAAACUAUUAAACUCCCAUUGUAUGUAUUGUAUAUAUUUUGACACAAAUCAGCUACUUUUAACACUUUCCCAACAACUUAGAUAAAAACUUAGACCGUAUGAAAUCUUAGUCUGCUUCUUUGCUAUUCAAAUCUGAAAUUGGAACAAACAUCUUCUACCAGGGAGUUGACAAAUAUGUUUUUUCAAGUGUGAAAAAAAGUUGUUUAAUGAAUUAACGUUCAAAUACAUGUUUUAUCUUCACAGAAGUCUAGUCUUUGAACUAAUGAUAGUUUAAAAUUGAAAUGAUUUAAUUUCAUUAUUAAAUAAGAUGUUUAGUCCUGUGAAAAAUGUCAUACGGUGCGACCGCUAUAAUUUGCUGUAGAGAGAGAAACAGUAUUGCUGUAACUGGAAGCAUUUGGGAAUGGAAAUAGAAGUUACACCAUGUUAUCUGAAAUGGUAUGACACAAGGUUUAAAGGAACAAUCUGGGAUUCAAACAACAACAAAGCAGACCCCACACCACUCUUUUUGGUGGUUGACAGCUUGUCUGCAGCUGGAGAAACAUAACCACUCUCAGAUUCAUAGACCGAGCAAUGGAUGCAAUGAUUGCUCAUUCAUGAGAUCAAAAUCAUAUCUUGUUUUUCACCAAUCUCAGAUUGCCCCUUUAAUUCCAGAGGGCAGGCUUUGAAAGCUAUUGAAGUCAUUAAGCAGAUCUUAAGGCAUACUGUACAUACCCACAUGCUAAGUAUUUGUUUGACAGGUACAUGGUUUGCUAGGAAGAAAUUAUAACUGACAUGCAUCUUCAAAAUGCAGCAUCAUAAGAUGCAUCAUGUGGGCCAGAUUUCUGUAUAUUGAAAGUUGCAUAUCUUGAAAACUUGAUUGCUGACAUGUUGGGACUAUAUCAACAAUGGACUAAUGAAACAAAUACCAAAAUAGGUUUUGGGUGGAGUUUUCCUUUAAGCUAGCUCUGCUAGCUUGCUGCAAGGUAAGCUAACCAUGCAAUCCUACCUGAAACACGGUAUUGUAGCAUUGCUUGUGUAGAAAUUCAUUCUACCCCUUGGUCACCCCUCCGGUUAGCUAGCUAGUGUGACUCAGCUAGCCCAUAAUGCAAGGCUUGGGCUAUCUCGACUAGCUCACUGCAAGGCAAGCUAACCAUGCAUUUCUACCUACCACACGGUAGUACUGCUGGCUAUCCCCUUUGCCUAGUUUAGUCUGCGUUUGCUCGCCUGUGCUAACUAGGCGGUCAAUCCAGCGACAUGGCUCUUCCGGUCUUCAGGGUAAGAUAGCCUGAAGGCUAAUGCUAUCCUAUGUAAAAACCUAAUAUUCCACAAAUUACUUUGUAAUUUCAAUGACCGGUAUUUGUAUCAUAUUUUAACUUUUUUAAAUACACAUGUUUUUACAGCAUUUCUAGGGCACAUCAUGUGCUUCAGAAGUACAGUAGCUCCUACAUUUUAUGUAGUGCUCCUAACUUUAAAGUUGGGAGCACCAGUGCUACCAAUGAAACAUUUAAAUUUAGAGCUCUGGUCAUGAGGCAAAGUUUAUUUGAAAGGCUUGCAUAUUCACCAUAAUCUUUAAUAACAUAGAACCUAUUUUUAAAUUGUACACCAUUUUAAUAGUUUUUUUUUGUGGUCGUACCAUAUGACAUUGUAAAUUAUCCCCUGUCAUGACAGAGGAUAGAACUGUGACAUUUGUGGGAGAUUUGUUUAUCUUUCUGCUGAACUGGAGGGUCCACUACAGUAUAGGCUUUGAUGUUGUAUCAUGACACAUGGAGGAAAUGUUAAUGUUGGUUGCACCAUUUGAUAUUAGUGUUUUUCAAAUGUGUGGACAAAAGUAUUUCAAAGAAAAUGAUUCCUUCCUAGCUCAACAUUUCAUUAUGUCAUCACAUACCCUUGUAAAUGUAUGCUAAAGUUAAAUAUUUUCUGUUUUCUUAUACCAAUUUUGCAACCCUUUUGUUAAAAUGCAACCUUUAGACAGUUGCACCAUAUGACAUUUUCACCCUUUGACAUGCCAAAACUGUAAACGUAUCGGCAUCAACUUUAUUUUCUCUCAACCAACUGACAUUUUGACCACUUUUCCAGCAAAUUAGACGAAAACAGAGCGUAUGAAAUCUUGGUCUACGCCUCUGCUGUUCAAAUCUGAAAUCUGAAUGGAAAUAUAUUCUACCAAUCAAACAAUACAGCUGUUCUAGUAACCACAAACUACAUUUUAUCUAAACUUUUACAAACUGACAUUUUUAUCACUUUCCCAACAACUUGGACAAAAACCUAGAGCGUAUUAAAUAUUCUCUGCUUUUCAAAUCUGAAAUCAGAACAGAAUCAUAAAACAGCAAAUUAAAAACAUUGACAGGUCAAGGAAUCAGCCUCAAAAUCCUUCAUCAAUGAUUUAAAAACACCAAUCGGGACCAGUUCUUCCAGUUUAAAACGAUUUUGUAAGGCUUUCCAAGCCGAUGGUGCAUAGUACAUAAAAGCCCUUUUACCAAAUUCAGUUCGGACAUUUGGAAAAGUUAGCAGGAUAAAGUAAUGCGAACGAAGAGAGUACCCAUCACAUUUCUGAAGAAUAAAAUGCCCAAAUAAAAUGGUAGGUAAACCAAAAAUGGCUUUGUAAAUAAAAGUAUACCAGUGACUGAGCCUACGAGUGACUAGAGAAGGCCAGCCAACCCUGGUAUAUAAAGUGCAGUGGUGCGAAAGGGUUUUGCAGUUUAAAAUAAAUUUCAAUGCUCCAUGGCGAAGGGUGUCAAUUGAUCUCAAACACUGAGCGGAAGCAUUCAUAUAUAAAAUAUCACCAUAGUCUAGUAUAGCCAUAAAUGUAGCUGAUACUAGCCUCCUUCUGGCUUCAAAAGAAAAGCAGGCCUUAUUCCUAAAAUAAAGUCCAAACUUCAGCUUCAAUUUUUUUGUAAGUUGUUGAAUAUGUAAUUUAAAAGAGAGGCCGUCAUCAAUUAACAUUCAGAUAUUUUCAGUGCCUUCGGAAAGUAUUCAGACCCCUUGACUUUUUCCACAUUUUGUUAGGUUACAGCCUUAUUCUAAAAUUCAUUAAAUUGUUUUUUUUCCCCUCAUCAAUCUACACACAAUACCCCAUAAUGACAAAGCAAAAGUUGUAGAAUUUUUUGCUAAUUUAUCCCCCCCCCCCCAAAAAAAAUCACAUUUACAUAAGUAUUCAGACCCUUAACUCAGUACUUUGUUGAAGCACCUUUGGCAGCAAUUACAGCCUCAAGUCUUCUUGGGUAUGACGCUACAAGCUUGGCAGACCUGUAUUUGGGGAGUUUCUCCCAUUCUUCUCUGCAGAUCCUCUCAAGAUUUGUCAGGUUGGAUGGGGAGUGUUGCUGCACAGCUAUUUUCAGGUCUCUCCAGAGAUGUUAGAUUGGGUUCAAGUCUGGACUCUGGCUGGGCCACUCAAGUACAUUCAGAGACUUGUCCCGAAGCCACUCCUGCGUUGUCUUGGCUGUGUGCUUAGGGUUGUUGCCCUGUUGGAAGGCGAACACCCCCACAGCAUGAUGCUGCCACCACCAUUCUUCACCGUAUGGAUGGUGCAAGGUUUCCUUCAGACGUGACGCUUGGCAUUCAGGCCAAAGAGUUUAAUCUUGGUUUUAUCAGACCAGAGGAUCUUGUUUCUCAUGGUCUGAGAGUCUUUAGGUGCCUUUUGGCAAACUCCAAGCGGGCUGUCAUGUGCCUUUUACUGAGGAGUGGCUUCCGUCUGGCCACUCUACCAUAAAGGCCUGAUUGGUGGAGUGCUUCAUAGAUGGUUGUCCUUCUGGAAGGUUCUCCCAUCUCCACAGAGGAACUCUGCAGCUCCGUCAGGUUCUUGGUCACCUCCCUGACCAAGGCCCUUCUCCCCCGAUUGCUCAGUUUGGCCGGGCGGCCAGCUCUAGGAAGAGUCUUUGUGGUUCCAAACUUCUUCCAUUUUAAGAAUGAUGGAGGCCACUGUGGUCUUGGGGACCUUUAAUGCUGCAGAAAGUUUUGUCUCGGAGCUCUACGGACAAUUCCUUCGACCUCAUGGCUUGGUUUUUGCUCUGACAUGCACUGUCAACUGUGGGACCUUAUAUAGACAGGUGUGUGCCUUUCCAAAUCAUGUCCUAUCAAUGUAAUUUACCACAAGUGGACUCCAAUCAAGUUGUAGAAACAUCUCAAGGAUGAUCAACAGAAACAGGAUGCACCUGAGCUCAAUUUCGAGUCUCAUAGCAGAGGGUCUGAAUACUUUAUUUUUUUAAAAUAUAUAAAUAGCAAACAUUUUGAAAAACCUGUUUUUGCUUUGCCAUUAUGGGGUAUUGUGUGUAGAUUGCUGAGGAUAAAAAAAAACCAUUGAAUCCAUUUUAGAAUAAGGCUGUAACGUAACAAAAUGUCAAGGGGCCUGAAUACUUUCCGAACGCACUUUCCGGUUACAGCCUCAAUCUCAUUGCCCACAGCUCACCCCAACACACUAAACUAACCCAAUAUAACAAACCCCACACUCACUAGCCAAACAACAAUAGCGACCCACUUACUAUAGCUAACCCGUGGCCUACCUAUUUAAGACAUUCACUAUUAUUACUGCGAUGUAUUGCUACUAGUACUUCUGGGCUACUUCCCACUGGGCACAGAUGUCAUUUCAACAUCUAGUUUUGAUUUACAUCUGGUUGAGUUGUCAACUAACAUAAAUUCAACAUGAAAUCAACAGGAAAUGUCACGGUCCUUGUAUUUAGGUUUAAAGUUGGUUGAAAAAUACAAUUCCCUUACGUUGAUAACUUUUUGCAAAUCCAAUCAUUUUUCCACGUUGAUUCAAUGUCAUCACAUGUAAUUUUUUUGUUGAAAUUAUGUGGAAACAACGUUGAUUCAACGUAAUUUUUUUGUUGAAAUUAUGUGGAAACAACGUUGAUUCAACCAAUUUUUGCCCAGUGUACUACUACUACUACUACUACUACUACUACUACUACUACUACUACUACUACUCUCAACUAUUUAUAAGUCACUCUCUCUACUACACCAGCCUCAAUCUUUCAACACUAACAAACUUCUAAACUUCUUCCACAAGAUGCACCAUCAUAUUUAUUUUACAUCAUUUAGCAGACGCUCUUAUCCAGAGGGAAAUUACAAAUUGGUGCAUUCAACUUAUGAUAGCAAGUGGGACAACCACUUUUUUUCUUCUUUUAUUUUUUUGUGGCGGAGGGGGGGGUAGAAGGAUUGCUUUAUCUCCACAAUGAUUCAAUGUGUUGUAGUUAUUUUGUUGAAAUAUGAUCUAACUACCCCACACUCCAAAGUAAUAAGGUUGAUAUAGUAGUCUAUAAAAGUAAUCAGACCAGAUCUUUUAAAAUAUUUCACUUUGACUAUAUUUCGCUGCUUCACUUAAGUAAUAGGUUUUAAACGUAUUCAACUACCACAAAAAUAAUUUUAAAGAGCUUGAAGCAAGUCACAUAAUCUUACUUCAUGUGAAAUUACCUUUCUACAUAGUUACAUUUGUUGUGAUGUAUUUUGUGAAUGCCUGUAUUUGUAUACAUCUUGUGUGCCCUUUUAUAAAACAUCUAGCAUUCUAAAUCUACUGCCUAAAUAUUUAUUUAAUUGUAUUUCUAUAAAAAAUGAACUUUUCUAUUAUUCAGGUUACGAGGGUGUCCCGGAGUUCUUUGACGACCUACUGAGUCAUCUCACAAGUGUUCUCCAGGAGCGGGCAUUUGGGAAGACCAGCGUGGUCGGGGGACAGCCCACCGCCGCAGCCCUGGCCGACUGUGGGAAACCCUGCAUGCUCCUUGGAAACGAGUCCAACACCUGGAUCGUAGAGGGAGACGGCGUCAAGAGGGGAGGCAAUCAGGGACUGGGGUGCGACUCUGAAGUUUCGGCCAACUUCCAACAACAUUGUGUGUCUGACAUCCCCACCAAAGCCUCCUCGCAUUAA